AUGUACAAACAUACCAAGCCCGUCGGCCAACGCAAGGUCUCCCCGCCUGGUCCUUCCUACAUGUCUAGCGAUCAAGUUGCAAACUAUCUCAAAGAUCUGAGAACAAAUCGACCUGCACGUCCCACUGGAUCUCGUCCCCUCCCUGGAAAAGCCCUCACGUCGACAGUUGAUCUUGAAGAUGACCUCCCACCCCGGGCAGCAUCUGCCUUUUCCAUGUAUCGACAGAACAGUCCCCCGGAAGGGGAACCCCGCGCCGGCAGCGCCUUGUCACAUCGUCGCACGACCUCCCACGUCACCGAGAGUGGUCCAGUUGGGCGCCCCCUCGCCCAGGAGCCCCAAUCGGCAACAGUCAGACAGCACGCAUUUCCAUCCCAGAUCUUCUCGCGACCGGUUGCCGCAUCGCCCGUACCUUCAUACCGGGAGAGCGGCCACCGCCGUCAUGAGAAGGAGGAAGCGCGUGACCUCCGUGAUGCGCUGCAGGAUAUGAACGUUCAAGAUGAUGAUGUCCGUGUUCACCAAGCUGCCCAGGACGAGGCCACGGAGCUCGUAUGGAUGCACCAGAACCCUGGCCAGGCCUUCAAGAAUCCAUAUGCUCCUUACCAGAACCCCGAUGCCGGCUCGCAGGGCUCUAUUCGAAGCAAAUUCCGGAGAAGCUCCAGUAGCUUGACCAACAAGUUCCGCCACUCCGUUGGAUCUAGCGGCUCUUCCAGCAACCCUUCCAGUCCCGAAUUGGCUGAUGCUACUCUCGACAAAACCGCCCGCAGACGGUCAUCUCUUAGCGCGAGCCAGAAGAAGAAUCGCAGGGUCAACUUUGCCCUCCCUGGAGAAGAGCCAUCUAUAGUUGAUGAACCUAGUAGUAUUCCACGUCCUCGACAAGUCAGUGGUGAUUCUUCCAAGGGUGUAUUCAAGAAUCCCAACGACCACAUAUAUGAGGAGCCUGUGGACCCAGCCAAGGAAGCGGCCGAGCCUUCUCCUGACUUCACCAGAUCUGACUCGUCUGCAUUGCGUAAUAAGCCUCGCAAUGCUCUGCCGCGUGUCAACAAACCUCUCCCCUGGCUUCGAGAUCGCAAAACUGGGCAAGGCUCGGUGCGAGAUAGAAUCUCUCAGUUUGACAUUCAUAAAAACCCGCCGACCCAAUCCCGAAAUGCAAGCUAUAUGGAGAAUGACCCUCUACCCCCGACCCAGCCUCGAAAUUCGACCUAUAUGGAAAACGAUCCUCUACCCCCGACCCCUCCCAGCUCCCGCGAAGAAGAGGUUCCCACCAAAGAGGGCAAGGAAAUCCGUAGUGACGAUAUUCGUGCGGCAACGAGCAAGAGACUGAAAGAUCGAAGCGAGAAUCUUCCAAUGCCUUCAGCUGUCAGCGAUCGCAUGGGCCGUCCAAUUGUUAGCUUUGACCCGAAGUGGCAGUCGAGCGACCAGCCCAAGCGUGACCAGCAGAGCCCAGUAGCUCGCGAUUCAGCACCCUCGGCACCUCCAAUCCCCACCAUCCAGGUUGCUCCAAGCAUCGAGGUCACCCCUACCGUUGAGGUCACGCCUAGCAUUGAGGUGUCCCAACCUCCCGCGAUACCAGUGAUCAAUGUGCCUGAUAUCCAAGAGCCCACUAUUUCGCAAAUGACCAAACCAUCUCAACACAAUAAUACUAAGCCUACCAGGCCGAGACAACAGCCUGCAGCUGGCCACAAUCGCCAGAUGCCGCCCGCAAGACAAGCAUCGCAACCCCAAAACAGCUGGCGUACCCAAUACUCUCGAUCCGGUGUCCCGACGGCUAGUUGUGAGUCAUGCUCUCAUUCGAUCUCUGGUAAGAUCGUGACGGCUGGAGGAUCUCGAUUCCAUCCGGAGUGCUUUAUCUGCUUCCACUGCCACACUGCUCUUGAAUGUGUUGCUUUCUACGAGGAACCACUUGCUAGUCGCGCAGAAAGACUCGAGAACAACCCGAACGAAUCGCCUGUUCCUCGCUUUUACUGCCAUCUGGAUUUCCACGAAUUUUUCAGCCCGCGCUGCAAGAGUUGCAAGACGCCCAUUGAGGGAGAAGUGGUCGUUGCCUGUGGUGCGGAAUGGCAUGUCGGUCACUUCUUCUGCGCCGAGUGUGGUGAUCCCUUUGACUCGAAGACUCCCUUCGUAGAGAAGGACGGCUUUGCCUGGUGUCUCAAAUGUCAUGGUCGCCGCACGGCCCCUCGUUGUCUGGGCUGCAAGCAGCACGUUCUAGACGACGUUGUCAUCACUGCUAUUGGCGGGCAAUGGCACGAGCAAUGCUUUGCUUGCCAUGAAUGCGGUAAUGGAUUUGGGGCUGACGGCCGCUUUUUCGUCCGUGAAGGCGAGCCUAAGCGUACAGCCAAGGGUCGCAUCAUUGGUGGGCCAGUACAACUCGCCAUCUGUGAAAGAUGUGAGGGUUUACGCCUGAAAUCACAUGGGAUGUGUUGA